CCUAGAUUUUUACAGCUCAUACGUAUAUAUAUAUAAUUUUGCCACGAGAAAGUACUUAGAUUUCAGAUGUUAGAAAGAGACUCAUAAAGAUCACUGGCGAUACACGUGGUAAACCGGACGAGGUUUUGCAACAUGAGAUUACUGAUAUCAUCCGCCGUGUAUUGCGUUCUGUUCUGGAGCGUCUCCACUACCCGCCUGACGGUAACUAGUCAUUGGCCAGGUGGUUAUACGGCUAACAUGUGUAUCACAAGCAGCGCCCCCACAGACUGUGGCUGGAGGGCAGAGGUCGAAUUUCAACCAUCCAUAAAUCUCGAGAUCUGGGCCGCUACCAUAGCAAGCUCUCAAAUUCGAAGUUCAUCGUCGAAGUUCUCACUGAUCCACAAGGAAAGCACGGAUACCCUGAACGCCGGAACGGACCGCUGCUUCGUAAUCGUGGCUCGUGUGAGCGGCAAUCAGGAUCUUCAACAGAGCGAUAUAACCUUCACGGGCAGUUUUGUAGAAAUAUGCAAUCCUGGACAUUCUUCUUACUCCAUCCCGGAAUCCUGGCACGGCGGCUUCAUUGGAAAACUCUGCAUGACGACCACAACGGCUGUGUGUGGAUGGCAAGUGACCAUGACCUUUAGUCCGGCGAUCACCAGAAUAAAGAGCUUGUGGGAUGGAAAUGUCCAACAGCCAGCUACGGGAAACACCGUCGUCGUGGAUGAUGCUGGAUACAACAGAAACAUCGAGGCGGGCGGCCAGGUGUGUUUCGGCUUUGACACGGCCAUUAAUGGCGUCCAUGUUUCCAAGGCAACCAUGUCAAUAACUGGUGUGUUUUCCAAGGCCGGCAUCUGCGAUCCAAAUGCAGGGCAUUCUUCUUACUCCAUCCCGGAAUCCUGGCACGGCGGCUUCCUUGGAGAACUCUGCAUGACGACUACAACGGCUGUGUGUGGAUGGCAAGUGACCAUGACCUUUAGUCCGGCGAUCACCAGAAUAAAGAGCUUGUGGGAUGGAAACGUUCAUCAGCCGUCGUCUGGUUACACCGUCGUCGUGGAUGAUGCUGGGUACAACAGAAAUAUCGAGGCGGGCGGCAAGGUGUGUUUCGGCUUUGACACGGCCAUUAAUGGUGUCCAUGUUUCCAAGUCAACCAUGUCUAUAACCGGAGUGUUUUCCAAAACCGGCAGCUGCGAUCCGACUCCAGGCCGCUACAACUACAAGGAUGUGUUACACAAGUCGAUUCUCUUCUACGAGGCGCAGCGAUCUGGUGUCCUUCCGCAAAACAAUCGGAUCCCUUGGCGUGAUGAUUCGGCUGUUGGCGAUCAGUCUCCAAAUGGCAGAGAUCUAUCAGGGGGAUGGUAUGAUGCGGGCGACUUCGUCAAGUUCAACUUGCCAAUGGCGUUCUCCACGACGACACUGCUGUGGGGUCUGAUCAGAUUCAAGGACGGCUACGUGGCGUCAGGCGAGCUCGCCAACAUGUAUGACUCAAUCAGGUGGCCGCUCGACUACUUCAUAAAGUGCUGGGACGAACAGAACAAAGUGUACUGGGCUCAGGUUGGUGAUGCAAAUGCAGACCAUAACUACUGGGGAAGACCGGAAGACAUGACGAUAGCGAGGCCCGCGUUCAGUGUAAGCACGAGCUCAGGCGGAAGUGAAGUGUCGGCAGAGACCGCCGCGGCGCUAGCAGCUGGGUCCAUCGCUUUCAGCACGGAAGAUCCAGCCUACUCAGCAACGUUACUGUCGAAGGCCGUCAGUCUGUACGACUUCGCUUACAGCCACAGAGGGACCUACACAAACUCUGUUCCAGCCAGCCCCUUCUACACCUCUUACAACGGCUACAACGAUGAGCUGUGCUGGGGGGCGGCCUGGUUGUACAAGGCGACUGGUGACGCGACAUACAUCCAAAAAGCUCACGAAUUCGCCUUCGAGAACUCUGACGAAUUUUCGUGGGACGGAAAGAUUCGAGGUUGUCAGGUUUUGCUGUAUGAGAUCGCAAAGGAACGAAAUGAUGUCACUAACGAAAAUACAUUCAGGACGGACAUCGAUACUUUCCUGACGGCUUGGAUGCCAGGUGGAAGUAUACAGCAGACUCAAUGCGGCCUCAGUUGGAUCAGACAGUGGGGGCCAUUGCGCUAUGCAGCAAACACGGCUUUGAUCGCCCUAAUCGCAGCCGAGGACGGCAUCAAAACGACGUCAUUCAGGGCGUGGGCGACGAAACAGAUCAACUUCAUGCUUGGUGACAACUUGAACCACAGGAGCUACGUUGUUGGCUUCGGCAACAACCCGCCUGUACGGCCUCACCACAGCAGCAGUUCCUGUCCAGACGUGCCUGCCCCAUGCGGUUGGAACGAGUACAGCAGCCCCGGUCCUAACCCACAGACCCUGCAUGGGGCACUGGUGGGUGGACCCGCCCUGAACGAGUCGUACCAAGACGUGCGCAGCGACUACAUCCAAAAUGAGGUGGCGUGCGACUACAACGCCGGCUUUCAGUCCUCACUGGCUGGUUUGAUACAUCUCGAAGAUUCAUCACAACUUCCGGCAGUAACCCCGCCAUCAGGAUGUUAAAUUCUACAAACGAAAAUAAUCCAUAAAAUAAAUAAAUGCAUUUUUUAAUUCA